CUGCAGGCCGACGCUCUAUCCGCUGAGCCAAACCGGUUAGGGCGAAAAGCUGUACAUAAUUGUUGUAUACAACUUGCGUUUGGAGAUAAGUACACACCUGGAAACCAAUCGUGUCCACCACCUCCAGAAGUUUCCUCCCACCCUCUUAUUUGUGAUAAAAACACUUGACCUAAGUUCUGCCCUCUUAGCGAGCUUGCAGCCGGGCUGGGGCUGAGCACACCCCUCCGAGUGAGCCCCGCAUGUGUCCGCUGUCUGGCUAAUGUCCUCCAGGCCAUCCAGGCGGUCACAGAUGGCCGCGUUUCCUCUUUUAAGACUGACAUUUCAUUGUAUGGAGGGACCACAUUUUUAUCCACUCACCCAUUGAAUGACAUUUAGGUCGCUUCCAUAGUUGGCUACUCUGAAUAAAUCUGCAGUGAGCGUGGGGUGCAGGUAUCUCAGUGAUGCAGGUAUCUUGGAGGUCUGAUUUCAUUUCCUUCAGAAGAAUAUCGAGAAGUGGGAUGGCUGGAUAUGUGGUUGUAUCAGAUUACUUCCCAUCAACACUGCACAAAACGAUGUCAGUCUUAUUAAGGGACUUGGGGUCCUGGCAGAGUGACGUCUUGGUCCUGGGUGUCCUCUUCACCUGAGCCAUGGCAACCCCAGAUGUCAGUGUGCACAUGGAGGAGGUGGUGGUGGUUACGACACCCGACACCGCGGUGGAUGGCAAUGGCAUGGAGGAGGUCAAGACAGUGCUAGUGACAACCAACCUGGCUGCCCACGGAGGCGACCUGAGUGAGGACAACAUGGAGACUGAGAACGCGGCUGCGGCUGCUGCAGCUGCCUUCACAGCGUCCUCGCAGCUCAAGGAAGCCGUGUUAGAAGUGAAGAUGAAUGAAGAGGGGGAGAACCUGGAGGCCGAGAUCUUGUACCCCAUCACCUGUGGGGACAGCAGAGCCAACCUGAUCUGGAGGAAGUUCGUGUGCCCUGGCAUCAAUGUGAAGUGUGUGCAGUAUGAUGAGCAUGUCAUCAGCCCCAAGGAGUUUGUGCACCUGGCCGGCAAGUCCACCCUGAAGGACUGGAAGAGGGCCAUCCGGAUGAACGGCAUCAUGCUCAGGAAGAUCAUGGACUCCGGGGAGCUGGACUUCUACCAGCACGACAAGGUCUGCUCCAACACCUGCCGCAGCACCAAGAUCGACCUCUCGGGCGCCCGCGUGUCCCUGAGUAGCCCCACAUCGGCUGAGUACCUCCCACUCACACCCGCCACGGCUGAUGUGAACGGGUCUCCUGCUACCAUCACCAUAGAGACCUGCGAGGACUCCGGUGACUGGACCACGACCAUCGGAGAUGACACAUUUGCCUUCUGGCGAGGGCUCAAGGAUGCAGGCCUGCUGGAGGAGGUCAUACAGGAGUUCCACCAGGAGAUGGUGGAGACCAUGAAAGGCCUGCAGCAGCGGGUGCAGGACCCCCCUCUGCAGCUCCAAGACGCCGUGCUGCUCAACAACAUUGUGCAGAACUUCGGCAUGCUGGACCUGGUGAAGAAGGUGCUGGCCAGCCACAAGUGCCAGAUGGACCGCUCGCGGGAGCAGUAUGCCCGCGACCUGGCCGCCCUGGAGCAGCAGUGUGACGAGCACCGCCGACGGGCCAAGGAAUUGAAGCACAAGUCCCAGCACCUCAGCAACGUGCUCAUGACGUUAACGCCCGUGUCCCUGCCACCCCCCAUAAAGCGGCCCCGGCUCGCAAGGGCCACAUCCGGGCCGGCUGCCAUCGCCUCGCAAGUGCUCACCCAGUCCGCCCAGAUUGCCCUCAGCCCCGGCGUGCCCGUCUCCCAGCUGACCAGCGUGCCAAUCGGCAAAGUGAUGUCUACCCUACCUUCCCCCGUGCUGGGCAAGGGCUGCCCCCAGGCGGCUUCCACCAGCUCUCCUGCCUCGCCGCUGCUUGGGGGCUACACGGUGCUGGCCUCGUCAGGCACCUCCUUCCCUGGCACGGUGGAGAUCCACCCGGACGCAUCCAGCCUCACGGUCCUGAGUACGGCCGCCAUGCAGGACGGCAGCACUGUGGUCAAGGUGGUCAGCCCCCUGCAGCUGCUCACCCUGCCGGGCCUGGGCCCCGCCCUGCAGAACGUGGCCCAGGUGUCACCCGGGGGCAGCACCAUUGUGACAGUGCCCACAGGGGCCGUGGAGAGCACCAUGGCUGCCCCGGGGCCGGAGGAGCACACAGCCACCAUCGAGGUGGCCGCCAUGGCUGAGGGCCACGAGCACAAGUAGUCAUUGGCAGAGGGUGAGGCCCCUGGUGGGCACGGGACUGGCCCCUCUCCUCAGGCCACAGCGCAUCACAUGGGGCUGCUGAACCAAAGAAAGGAAACAUCGAAAUGGAUCGAGAGGAGAGAGGGGCAGAAGGUGACAGCAACCUGUGACGUCCGCUGGACUUUGAGUUCUGCACUUCCCCAUUUUCUUGGGAAAUAUAUUUUUCCAUCUGUUGCUUAUUAAUACUGUUUACACGUUGGGCCCAACCAGGAGCCAGACGAGAGGACAUGCAGGCCUCGCUGCAGCCGGAACAGCAGGCAGCACUGAGAGUGAGCCUGCUGCGCUGCACGGCUGGGCACGCCAUUAGCACAGGCCUUGGGGACCAACCCCAAGGUGGAAAGCCAUGGAUCCUAUGGAUUUGAUUUCUUCCCACAGUUUUCUGUAGGUUAGUGUGGUGGGCACUCUGCUCUCCUGUCUCGGGAACAGGUGUGGGUGGGUGUCAGGUCGACACAGGGCUCAGGUCUGGGGGCUCUGGCUCCUGGGGUAUAGGGUGCAGACUUGAGGGCACCUGCCUGAGCAGAGGGGUUCAGGGGCCCAGCAGCACGAGCUUCCCUGCCCCUGCCCACCUGCCUGCAGAUGCUUGGCGCUCAGGGCUGCCCCACACACACCCUGCGUGCUCCUGUGAGCUGUUUAGUGGGCUUCUAGGAAGAGUCUGAUUUAUAGCUUUUUCAACCCAAACCAUGCUGAGUGCCUAGGCUUCCGGAAUCUGCUCUGGAUUCCAGAGUGUGUACAGGUGGCUGUUGGGACCGCCUGCGUGAAGGUGACCGAGGGCUGGAGGACCUGCCACUUGGGUUCUGGGGGUGAGGGCGUAAAUGGAGCAAGACGGGAGGGUGGGGCGCACCUUCCAUUCGCCCCGUGUUCAACAUGCUGAUGGGGCCAGCAUGACCUCCUCAGACCCAGGAGCCCCACCUCUUGGGACCCCCCACCUGGAGGUGCUGUGCCUGUCACUCUAGGGCGUGUGGGAAAACCGCCACUGGGCACAGCCAGGGCCAGCGCAGGUUCAAGGUGGACGCCCAGAUGCUCACUGGAGGGCUGUCUGUGGUCCGCACAGGUCUGACUUUGGAGUCAUCAGGUAGACUGACGGGGCCGUGCACAGGUCCCCAAGGACGGCCUGAGCCCCUUGAACAUCAGGGACCUGUGAGGAUGCUUCUCCAGAGUCCCCAUCAUGGAGAGGCCCCCCUCUCCAUGCUUUGAAGGGAACUGGGCUCCGUCUAUCCGUCCAUCCCUCCAUCCAUCCAGUGCCCCAGACCCUACCUCAGUGGCCUCGCCCACGUGGAGCUACUGAGGCUGUCUUUGUUUUCUCUGUUUUGUUUGCUCUUUUCAAGGGUCUGCUCGUUUCCUCAUGUUUACUUUCUUGUCCGUGUCUGCAGUUUUUCUUAAGUGCGUCUUGAUUGAGUCAUGAGUCCUGUUAGGUGGGCAGUGUGGGCAGGCCCAGCAUCCCUGUCUGCAUCAGCUCCGUUUGUUAAUGAAGCCUCAUCUGGCCCGUGGAGCCUUUGUCAAAGUCACAUCCACCCCCUUCCAGCCCUUUCGCUGGUCUCAGACCAGGCCGGGGAGAGUUCACUUCAGAGCCAUACACACAAAGUGGCAGCUCAGGUUAACGACCAGCCGCGCACCCUGUGCCGGGAGGGAUCCACCAUCCUCCAGGGGCCCCAGCUGCUGAGGAGGGGUCACCACACCCGCCACACUGCCCCUCCUGGUGGGGCGUGCUGGCCUGUGCUCUGGUUGGGGAAAGCGAUCAGUAGGCUUGGUUUUCUCACUGGUGCUCAGGGGCAGCUUGGGGGACAAGCAUCUGAGUCCUACUUUGUAUGUUGUUUUGCAAGGAUCUGCUCGGUACUUUGAUGUAAAAUAAAAACAUGUUUCGUAA